UGCUUGUUAGAGGUGGUUCUCAUAUAACGUGAAACCAGAAGUUUAAGGUACUGUCCAGUCAGCUAAUUCAAGUAAAAGUUUGCUUCUUUUCAGUAUAGAGGCUUGGAUUUAAAUAUGUACAAAAUACAAGCGUGUGGUAGUAGGCUAACACUUUCGUGGUAUUAUAACUCAGUCUGCAUUAUUUUUCAAGAAAAUGAGGGCGAGUAAAACAUGUGGAAAUUUAGUUUUGGCUCUUAAAUAUCCCUUUGAGUGAGCUGUUAUUGUCCACCAAAUAUGGAAACAUCCAUGAGGUCAGAGGCCUAUUAAAGUGGCGUAAAUGCAGUUUCUGCAUAUCUCCUGUUUAUCUUGAGUAUUUACAGAAAACUACAAGUCUUUAGUUUGAUCACAUUUAUAAAAGACAGAUACAGCUGUGCGAUUAUUUCCGCAAACAUACGACAAGUGCAGGGGGGAGGGUGAAACUAAAGCACUUGCGUACCCAUUGCCAACAAAACACAUAGACGACUAAGUUUCACCCUGUGCUGUUCAUGUCCUGCAUCUUUUAGCGCUGCAUGGGACCGGCCCAUCUAUUAGUUUCAAACGAUCUCCAAAUCCAGAGUUAUAUCCACCGUUUAUAUAACAUCCAUCACUGAAUUGCUAACAAACACACUUCAACUUGUCUCACUUUCGCAAGAGUAACCAGCAGCAGGCCCACAGCGCAGCCAAUUUUGAUGCAGCGCAGCCAAUUUUGAUGGUAAGCGGGUCUUCCUAUCGCUCGUCCAUUGACUCGUGAAUGGGCUAUUUCUUUUACCUUGCUGUGGGAGUGCUUGAGAAUUGCCCAGUAAGGGACUAAGAAAAGUUGUUAUGUAACUUUCCGAAAGCAAUACGAACACUGGUGUAGUGUCUCGAGCACAGAAACACUAUGUUAUACGUCCAACUAGUUUUUUGACAAGUUGACCAUGUCAAGCAUGAGAAGACAGCACGUUUAACAUAGUCAAGAAAUCAGAAUGCAUGAAACACCUUCGCACAUCCACUUUAAUGACUUUUGUUUGUGUUUAUUAAAGUAGUAGACGUUUAUAGCUUUUGAGCUGGACUUGUUUUCCUAUUAAAUGACUUAAAACUUAAACAACACUUUAACAAAUAUGCACCAUUAUAUUAUAUUUGAAUGAUUUUAAGCACACCUCAAUAAUUGGUAAUAACGGCUUUAUUAUAUUAAUCUGUUUUCUGCCUAUUAUUUUCCCAAUAGACUGGAUAUAUAACCAUAUCUUAAAUAAUCCUGUUUUUUCCACACACCACGAACUUUCACACGGGUCUUCAUACAGUGUGUACCGUGAGUAAAUGGGUGUGGCGUUAAGUACCCAUCAUCUAAGUGCUCAGCGUCUGGGAAGCCCAAUCCAUCCGUGGCUUUUACUAGAUCGGUUUCUUUGCGAGAAAACCAUAAACUCAAACAAGCUUUUCUUACGAUAUUCAUUUUUCGUUUGUGUGUUUGAUUUGCAUCCUUUCUAUAUUAUUUUUGGAAUUGAAUGGGAAGAUAAAGCGCAAACAUCACUUGUUUUGACGAAAUCCUCCCGUAUACAAACUUUUAUGAGAGUCUGCGUGCGUCUCAUAAACUAUAUUCAUAAAACAAAAAAAAAUAUGUGUGAUGGAAACUAAGAUCUGCUGCAAACUGUUUAAAAACUAGGUCACUUCGUUUACGGUCCGUGUGAUCAUUUAUUUUGUCAUGGAGAAAGAACAUUUGUUCAAAGUCCUCGUGAUCGGAGACCUCGGAGUGGGUAAAACGUCAAUAAUCAAACGGUACGUUCAUCAGAUAUUUUCGCAACAUUAUCGCGCAACUAUUGGGGUGGAUUUUGCUCUUAAAGUCCUACACUGGGAUAACCAGACUGUCGUCCGGCUACAGUUAUGGGACAUAGCAGGACAGGAGCGCUAUGGGAACAUGACACGAGUUUACUAUCGGGAGGCCGUGGGAGCGCUCAUAGUAUUUGAUGUGACCAGAGCCUCCACGUUUGAAGCGGUGAUGAAAUGGAAAGAGGACCUCGAUGUGAAGGUCACUCUCAGCAAUGGCAAGCCCGUCCCAGCUGUUCUUUUAGCCAACAAGUCUGAUCAAUCUUCCGAGGGUCUGCGGACCCAGAUUCCCAAACUUGAUAAUUUCUGCAAAGAGAAUGGAUUCGUGGGCUGGUUUGAGACCUCUGCUAAGGAGAACACAAACAUCGAUGCAGCAGCUAAAUGUCUGGUGGGGCAAAUUUUAGCCCAUGAUGAGAACAUCACCAGUGACACAGACUCAGAUGUGGUGGCCCUCCCUGGGUACAACAACAACACUAAAGAACGGAUCCAAGCUGGGUGUGCGAUGUGUUCUAAAUGUUAAAUACAUGGAGCAUAUGAACGACGUGGAGAAAGAAAUGUGUAGCAGAUGGUUAUGUAUUCAAAGACUCAAAAAUAGUACAGUACGAUUUGUCUCUGAGGGAGACAACAUUUUUAAUUCAUGACGCACAGUGAUAGAUUGUGCAGCAUAAAUUCUCUUUAUUUGAUUGUUGCACUUUCACGCAUCAGUGUGUGUUUACAGAUGUACACAUUCAAUAUAUAAGCCAACUGACAAAGAUGUGAGGUGCAUUUCUUACUGUGUUGUGUAAACAGACGGAAAGCAGAUGGUUGGUACAGUUUUGCUGCUUUUUUAUUAAAACUAGCCUACGAUUCAGUUACAUAAGCUUCAAAAUGUGUCAUCUAAAUACACUAAAUCCUUUUAGUGUGAUUCACAAUUUAAGCAAUGCCACCCUACAACCUCUUGCGUUCAAAAUAAAUGCAAUCCCCCA